AUGGCUGGUCUGGUGGACAAUGUGAAGAUGAUACUUGAACAUGGAGCGUCUCCCCAUAACACCAACAGCAAGAAAGAAUCCCCUCUACUGCAGGUAAUAGUGAAAGCUGUUAGAUUUGGGUUGUAUGAAAUGGCAUCUGCCCUGAUCACGAGAGGAGCCUGUGUGGAGCAGGUCUGUCUGAAGCAGUCGACUGCCCUGCACGAGGCGGCAAAGUUAGGCUACUCUCAUAUCAUGGAGCUGUUGUUUGAACAUGGAGGUCAGGUCUCUGAGAUUGAUCAAGACGGCGUGACUCCAAUGGCCAUUGCAGCAGAGCACGCCCACUCAGAGGUUCUAGAGAUCCUUAUUUACAGUGUGGGUGUGGAGUCAGGCGCAGGAAACAAGAGCGCUUGCUAUCGUGUUCCCCGUAUGCUGUAUGAUGCUGCACAAUCUGGGAAUCCAGACUGUAUAGAUUUCCUUCUGCGACAUGGAGCCAGCCCCAAUGUCACUGAGAAUUUUUAUUCUGAUAGAAGGGCAAUCAGACUUUCAGGCCAGAGUUCCAUUCACUCUGCAGCCGACGGAGUCCAUGUACAAUGCCUGGAGAUACUCGUGGAAAAGGGCUUUGAUGUCAACUCUCUCCUAGACUUUCACAUCGCUGAAGACUACAGAGACAUGAGAAAAAGUGCAUUGUACUUUACUGUCUCUAAUGGAGACGUGACCUGCACUGAAAUACUGCUGAACACAGGAGACAAAACUGACCUGGCCGCUCUAUUCUGCCUCCUGGUGGCGGUGAGAGAUGGGCAGUACGAGAUUGUGAAGCUGCUUUUGGCCAGACAGGCAGACAUCAUUUGUUACUUUGCCGUGGUGGGUGACACAGUAUUUCCCACGGCUCUGCAGUACUGCCUGCGGGACGAGAUGAUGAUGCGUCUGCUGCUCAACAACGGCUAUGACGCAGAUAAAUGUUUCUGCUGUACCCAUGACAGCACCUGGGAUGACCUGAGUGACCAGACUGAUUCCAAUUAUCAAGAAAAAGUUUCUUUCUGUAAUUUCAUCAGAGUUUCCUGGCUGGUGCACUUGGCUGGGAGAGCAGUGUGGAUCCUUCUGGACUACGUCAGUCACGUGCCUCUCUGUCCAAAGCUGAGACAGAUCCUGGAUAAGCACAAAGAGUGGCCUUAG